UGUCACCAUUACAUUACUAAGAUGUUGGUUCAGCGGGGCGACUUCAUCGGGAUGGGAUGGAGUACUAGGUACGACAGGGUACGGGACAGGGAAUGGGCCCGAGAGUGGGCAGUGGCCUUGUAGCCUUCACCUGUGUGGGCCGCGGAUAUCAUCUCGCCAGUCGAUCGGGGGAUUUCAGAGAUCCGUUAGAGAUAUGUUAGCUCCUUUCAUUCUAAUUGAAUAUUGAGUGGUGAUAGCAAUUAGCUAACAAACGUCAGAAAGAAGUGGCUUAUAAUGGCAUUGCAUUGUUAUUAUAACAUUCCUGUCUCGACCAUCGCGUCCAUCUCUUCAUCGCACUACUAUCCUCGCAUUUCUUCUCUGUCUACUACUUCUAUAUAUUCUCUUGAUCUCUCAACUAUCAUCCUUUAUCUUCCUUCUUCUUCAAGGAGUCUGAUUUUAUGAACAAUUAAGAGUCUACUUGUCCUACAGAAAGAAUCUCAAAACCCCAUCAACAAAUAUGGCGGACAUCAUCAAAAAUGUUGUCAUUAUUGGCGCCAGCGGCAAUAUCGGCGCCUCAAUAUUUAAAGCCCUCGUUGCGUCGAACAAGUUCACCGUCUCUGUCCUCACGCGUCCCGAAUCCACGCACAUCUAUGCGGGUGAUAUCAAAAUCCUUCAGUCCGACUACAGCGAAGUAAGCCUAGUCGAGGCGUUCCAGGGCCAAGACGCUGUCGUCUCUGCUCUUGGCGCAGCUGGACUAGCAGAUGAGAUCAAAAUUAUCGACGCGUGUGUCAAGGCUCGUGUAAAGCGCUUUAUCCCCAGCGAGUAUGGCAGCAAUUCGAAAAACGCCAAGGCCACCGCCUUGAUUCCCUUCUUCGGGCUCAAGGCGCAGAUCAAUGCGCGUUUAGAGGCGCAGGAGGCCAAUGGGCUGACUUGGACUGGAAUUGCCGCUGGACCAAUGUUUGACUGGGGUAUCAACAUGGGGCUUGUUGGUUUCAACAUUCACACUAAGGAAGCCCUAAUCUUCGACGGCGGCGACCGACGCUUCUCCACGUCUAACCUCAGCCAACUCGGCAAUGCCAUCGUGGCCAUCCUCUCUAAGCCCACGGCGACAGUCAACCAAUACCUUUACAUCGAUUCCUUCACCGCGUCGCAAAAUGAGAUCCUUGCUGCACUAGAGUCGACGACGGGAGAGAAAUGGACUGUCACCAAGUCCACCACUGAGGCUGCAGUAACUGAGGGUCAGGCGCUGUUCGCUAAGGGAGACUUCUCGGGAUUGUUGCUACUCUUGAAGGCAAAUUUCCUUGGCGAGGGUUAUGGCUCGGACUUUACGAAGGAUGCGAAGUUAAGCAAUGAGAUCUUGGGCCUGCCAAGCCAGGAUUUGACCUCCACAGUCAGGGCGCUAGUUAAGGGCGAGACGAUUUAGAUCUGAAGUUCGCUAUGGGGACAGUAAAGAAGCCACCGGGCCACGGCAACCCUACUAACUACUACUGUUAUUCUUGCUCCCUAAGAAACAAUAUUCAUGGACGUCGUAAUUGAACCAGAU